UAGCUGGCCACCACCAUACCUGGAAAAUCCCCAUCCAAGCUCACGCGACCACGAACCUGUCGACUGCGCUUCUCCCAAGCUUCAACAUGGCCGCCUCUCCCGUCCAGAACCCCGCGGUCCAAGCCGAAUCCAAGUCGGCCAAGAAGAAGAAGGCCAAGGCCGCCGAGCGCACCGAGUCCCCUGCUCCUACUGCCUCUCCUGCUCCCGAGAAGGCUGACGCCUCCGACGAGUCCGGCGAGACUGCCUACAUUCGCGAGAUCCAGAAGAACAUUCGCAACACCAACAAGAAGCUUACCAAUGCCUCCAAGAUCGACAACCUAAUUGCCGAGAACGCUGGCAAGUCCCUUGACGACCUGGUCGCUGCUCGCAUUAUCAAUGCCGACCAGAAGGCUCAGUACCUCAAGAAGCCUGCUCUGCAGGCCCAGAUCUCCCAGUACGAGGAGCAGAUGGCCCAGUACAAGAAGAUCGACCAGGAGUACCGCACUCGUGCCGUUGCCGAGAAGGCAGAGCUGGAGAAGUCCUUCGCCGAGAAGCUGGAGAAGGAGAAGGCCGCUGCCGUCGCCGAGGUGAAGGCUCAGCAGGCUCAACAGGAUGGUGAUUCUAGCAAGAGCAUCAACAGCAAGCUUCUCACCCUGUCACAAUUCCUCCGCCUUGCUGCCGCCCGCCGCUCCGAGGAUGCCGACCAGAGCAACGAGGAGAACAAGGCUCUGGAGGGUGUCCUUCUCGCCAUCUACACCGGUGACGAUAGUGCUGUCACCACCAUGCUCAAGCUGAUUGACGGCGCCGAGGAGCAGACGUACAGCGUCAACGGCGAGCUGCUCGAGACGACCUUCGGCCAAGUCAAGACAGCUGCCAAAGCCUACAAGUCUCCUUACGAUGAGCCUGCGCCCGCCGAGACCGAGACCGCCGCGACCGAAGCCGUUAGCGACCCGACCAUUGCUAACGCUACUGUGAAUGAGAUCGAGGCUGGCGAUGUUGCCAUCACCAACGGCCAGGCCGAGGAAGCAGCCACCGAGACCCCCACUAACGCCAACAUCGGUAGUGGCGCCGGUAACGCCGCUGGCGAGAAGUGGGACCAGUCUGCCGAUAACAGCAUGUCGCUUUCUCAGGAAUGGGUCUCUGUUCCUCGCGAUCCUACAGAGACUGAGACUGGUGUCGAGGCUACCCCCGCUGCCGUUUCCAACACCCAGUCUUGGGCUGACGACCAGCCUGAGCAUCAGGAGACCCAGCCCGAGGUAUGUCUCUCGCGAACUGCGAUAAUUGAACGAGAAACUGACUGUAAUUAGACCCCUACCCCCGCUGCUGCCGACCCCAACGACGGCUUCCACCAGGUCCAGGGUCGCAACCGCGGCCGUGGCGAUCGUGAGGGAGGCUACCGCGGACGUGGCCGUGGUGAGUGGCGCGGCGGUCGUGGACACCGUGGUGACGGCCGUGGAAGGGGGCGUGGCGGCGGCCAGCGCGGCGGCUCCAUCUCCCAGCGUGGACCCCGCCGGACUGAAGAGUCAUAG